CUCCAAGCAAACGGGUUCUUUAUUCUGUUUAUAUUGCAGCGUUUUGUAUAUAUGAAAUUUGUUGUGUUUCUUUCAAAGUAAUUCUGUUGAAUCUUGAUAUUUUUGUUGCUCAUUUGAAGAGCUUAGACAGCGAAAAAUGGAAAAACCUAUCGACCCGACUUACGAGUUCAUUGAAGCUCCGCGAUUUAUGAAUUUCCUCGAUGUGCUGGAUGACCAAGAUGCCCAAGCUGACUCAUGGUUUGGUAAGUUUGAAAUUUUAAACGUUACAGAAAGAAAAUGUUUUAUUUUAGCGAUCGCUGACCUAACUUUGCUUUUUUAGAUGGCAGGCCUGACGAUGAAGGAGGAAUACCGAUAUCCAUCGACGCAGACGAAGAAGAAUUGCGGAAAAACAACAGCGAUUCGCAACGAUCGAAGAGGAAAAAUAUUAUUAAUGCUAUGUUUAAUAUAGCCGAACAAGAAGACCCUAUAGCCCCAGCAUGUGAACCCAAACAAACCCCAACUACAACAGAAAAUACGGAAACUGGUGUAGAAGCCACAAAUGCGAACGAAGAAGGUCAAAUUCAGGCCAAAAUUAAAGUAGAAAAUGUUAAACCAGAAGAAUUUAAAUGUGAAACAAAGCAUGUCACAGAAUCUGAUCAGAAAGUCGUUUGUGAUGGGGCGCAAAAUGACACCGAGCCUAAUUCAAUCGAUGCAUCCGAAAAUGAAGCAUGUAAAGUAGAAGAACAGAAUAAAAAUGAAAUACAACCAGAAGAAAGAAAUGUUCAACAGGCUAACAGUGACGGACACAUUGAAACUGCAGAGAAAAGUGCGGUUGUAGAGACUAAAAACUCAGACGGUGAGACAGCUGAGAGCGAUGCGGAGAGUCAAAAGGAAUGCCAAACGAAUAGCAGCGAAAAUAGCGACACUACGGAAGAAGAAGGCCAGAAAGAUAAGCUGAGUAAACAGGAAAGAAGGUAUAUAAACUAAGCAUAGUGUUGAUGCUCUAGCUGCAGCUGCUUGAAAAUGAAUAUUAGAGCUGAGAGUAGAACUUUCAAGCAGAAUGGUAGCUAGCCUUCUCUUCUUCAAAUUCGGGCAAAUUUGUUGCAAAAUUCAAUGCAUAAUUUAGGGAUUUAAUUUUGGGCUGUGAGCAGGCUAAACGGUAGCCUGCAAGAGCAAAACUGGGCACACUUGCACAGUGGAUAUAUGGGGGCUGUAGGGGGUUCUCGUGGGGGGUGGGGGAGAUGUUGAUGUUUUGUGCAAAAGUAAUUAGUACUGUAAUUAGAAUUUAAUCUCUUCAGCCCAACUUCAGCUAAUUUUCAUGAGACUUUCAGAACACCAAAAAAUUAUCAUAAUGGUACAUUAGAAAUUUCAAUAUAUUAAUUGGUAUAAGUAUAAUGAGUAUAUAUAACUAAAAGACUCAUGUCAAUAUAUCAAUAGUGGAUUCAGUACCAUAAUACUAUAUUGGUACACUGAACAGGCCUUUUAUUAACCUUUUAAGUGGCAAUGUGCUCUGAUGCACUCUACUUUAAGCCGGUUUUCCACUAAGCGGAAUUUUGCGUGAGGAGCGGAAUUUUUCUUUGUCUUGUGAUUUCUCGGGUGGAACUAAUUAGAAAAGACAAAGAAAGAUUCCACUCCGCGCGCAAAAUUCCGCCUAGUGGAAAACAGGCUUAAGAAUGUUUUUCAAGGAGAAGUUGCUGCCACUUACAAAAAUGAUCUUACUUAUGAAAGUGUUCCAUACGAUCGUUGUAUUUCAAUGUGAUAACCUUUAACAGGGUAACAAGAGCAUCGAAGAGAAGAAAUAGAUCACUUAACUCAUCUGGCACAGGUGAUGUUCCCAACAAGAAGAAAAAGCAGAACAGAGUUUCAAGUGGAAGCACACAAAGUAGAAGGUCAAGGUCAAUAAAUGGUAACCAUCCUGUCACUGUUCCAGUUACACCAGAAUGUCUGAAGUAAGUUGAUACUGAGUCAAAUUCUACUUUUGGUUGAUGAUAUUUAGUGUACAGCCGAUGCAACACUGAUCUCAAGAAUAUAACUGGAUGGAGAUUUGAUAGAACUGGAUGGAACUUUUUUCCGCAUGAUUUAAGGCUUUUAGGCUGACUUCAGAGAUUCUCCAAUUAGCAAAUUGCCUGCUGCAGGGGCCAAAUAGAAGCACAAGUUUUGACAAAAAUCAAUGCAACUACAUAUAGCAGGAAUUGAACCUGUAUGUAGCCAAAAUGUAAUAGGGCAUUUCUUAACUGGCGUCUGAAUGUCGUGGUUUUAACUUGAAUUUCCCAAUCCAUUAAAUGCCAAAUGUUUUAUUCUUCUAUGACUGUAUGUGUAUAUAGCACCAUAUAUGAAACAUUUGACUGAAACCUGCCUAUUCGAAUUUUACACUGUCUUAAGGCCCUGAUCAAACACAGGAUAUUGAAGAGAGUUUUCUCAACUCUCAUGCAGGGCUCGAAUUUAAUCGCGGCGAAUGCCGUAGAGGGAGAACAAAAUGCCGUGGAUCAUUGCGGCAACUUGUUUGACCAAGCCCAAGGCUUAUUGUCGAUUUCAAGUCGCUUUUCAACGCUUGGACGUGGUUCCCAAGUUCGUUUCAAACUUGCCAAAUACGUUCCCAAGUUCAAAAAUUGGGCGUGAACUUUGCAACAAUGUUCGGAAGUACAUUUCAGUGUUUGAACUAUUGUAAACAAAUGUUCAUAGUUCAAGUUGAAGGAAAGUUCUUGGUCCAGUGGGCUACGAAGAAGGUUUGUAUUUCACUGAAUUGGUUAUUAUUUAUAUUGAGUAUGAACAUUUUGUUGCGAAGUUCGCGCCCAAUUUCCAAACUUGGAAACGUAAUUGGCAAGUUUGCAACGAACUUGGGAACCGCACGUUGAAAUUGAAAAGUGACUUGAAAUCGACAAUAAUGCAAAUUGUAUCUAACUUUAAUAGGCGUCAGAAGACGAACAAACCCUCGAUGAUCAAGUUAAAAACGACGGAAGAGCUGGAAAUGGAAUGUAUUGCAAAACUUCGCAAACAAACCAAACGUCACAUCAAGGUGAACGAAAACUUAAUGAAGAAAGCCAUUUCAUGUCCAGCGGUGAACGCAGUGCGCGCGAAUGGCACGAGUCUGACACGGCCGCAGGAGUUUCAUUUCCAGACUGACAGACGUGUCAAACAGCAUCCGAUGACAACACGAGCUGAUCAACAACCGGAUCUCAAUGGUGAGGAUAUCGAACAGGAAUUCAAGAACAGUUUACGACAGCAUCCACCAUCACCAGUAAGGAAAAUGUUACUUGACGUACGUAAUUUAAUUAAUAUGUGUGGUAUUUAGAUUUUAGACUAAUAAAAAAUGAAAACCCAUUUCAUGUUAUACGCGCGAACAAUGAUAUCCAGCACCGAAACAUACAUAAUACUUCCACAGGCUAGAUUUUACAAAAAAAAAACACGAGAAAGAAAUCGAUCUAGAAUAUCAGGGGCUCGAAAUGUCACGUCCAGUGAAUAACCUUGACUUAGGUAGCCUCGUACCCAGGCGCUUAUAAGGAAAUUCGCGCCAAGCAAGCACUUCAUUGUUAUAUAUAGUUCAGCGGUUAAGCUCAGCGAGCGUGUAACCCUAACCGAGUCCUCCCCAAGCACCAUCCGCGUUAACUGCUGAACUAUAUAUACUGUAACACUGAAGUGCUUGCUUAGCGCGAUUUUCCUUAUAAGCGUCUGGGUACCAGCACAUGUAUGCAUGCAUGCCUACCACGAAUAGCCUUUAACCUUAAACAUAAUCUCCAUAAGAUAAAUAAUGACAUUCCUGUAAUGUUAAAUGGUCAACCAAUUCCUAGGGUAACCUCAAUACCUUGUUUGGGCGCCACCCUUGAUGAAACGUUGAGUUGGGAUGAGCAUAUUGACGUAAUUUGCAGAAAGGUUGCAGCAGGUAUUGGAACGUUAAGGCGCAUAAAGCCAUUCGUUCCUGUAAACAUGCUGCAAUCAAUCUACAGCGCUUUGAUACAACCCUACUUCGAUUAUUGUUCUCCCCUUUGGGACACUUGUAACAAAACAUUAAAAGACAAAUUGCAGAAGUUUCAAAAUCGAGCAGCUAGAAUAAUAGCUGGUGCUGGUUAUGAGAUCAGGUCUGCUGACCUUCUUCAAUCUCUUGAAUGGGACAAUUUAGAAUCUGGAAGAAAAUUAACUAAGGCAACUCUUGUCUAUAAAAUUCUAAACGACCAUAGUUCGCCGAACUUGAAAGAGUUUUUGAUAAAAAGGAAUAUUUCGCAAACGACUUACGAUCUCAGAAAUGCUCAGAAUGAUCUGGCCGUUCCUAAGCCAAGACGCGACUUUCUGAAAAAGAGUUUUCGAUAUAGUGGUGCUAAACUAUGGAAUGAUCUUCCUGGUGAAGCUAAGGAAGCCCUAUCAAUACGUUCUUUUAAAAAUAUUGUAAGGCAAAGUAACUAACCUAAUAUUAAUUUAAAUGGAUUAUUACAGACAUAUUUAUAUGGCCAAAUCACACCAAACCACCAACUUCUUUUUAAACCAUUCUAAUUAAUUACUAUAUAUAUUGCAUGUAUUUGUACUUAUAUUUGUCCUAUUUGUAAAUAGUUUUUGUAAAUUUUCAAAUGUCGACGCCCCUUGUGGAAAUCAACUCUAUUUGUUGACAAGGCUAGCGUCUUUAAAUAAAUUUUUACAUACAUACAUACAUACAUACCUUGCAGCUGGCUUGUUAGAUCAGAAUUGUCAAGCUGAAAAUUUACAAUAGAUAAUGAUCGGUAAUUUCCCCAUCUCUUGCAGUCGUGGAAAAAUCGCACUGCCACCGUGCCGAAACCUUUCAACUUGACCGAUGGUGGCCAAAAGAAGCGCAAACGCUCCGCAAUUGAUAAAGACACCGCCGAAACGGACUCUUACCAGUCCAUGGCGUAUCAAGUUUACAAAUUUCAGACUACAACACCGCCACGAUUCCGCACACGAAAGGCAAACGACUCCGGCUUCAAGAGCGAUGCUGAUGGCGGCGGACACGAGAAGGCGACGACGGCACCCAAACCUAGUGUCACGUUUCCGAAGACACCGAAUUUAAGUACAAAGACGAGAUCUCGACCUGUGGCUCAGGAUGUCUUGAGUAAAGAGGAGAGAGAGGAGAAACAACUUGAAGAAAUGAAAAAGUGAGUGAAACAAUUUGGUGUUCAUUGGUUUUGGGGUGUCGGUGACAAUGCAGGAGAUUAUGUAGUAGAAAUGAGCCGAUUAAUCGAAAAACAAUCAGCAAAGCCGAAUAAUCACCCAUUUUGAAUAAUCGGUAAUCAUGAUAAUCGGUAAAAUAAUCGGCUAUCAUUUAGAUGUUAUCAUGAACAUUCGAAGUAACUUGCCAGUUGGUUUGAUUUACGAUACGUUUAUUUCUUAUGGAUGUUAUAAAUAUACAGCCACAUUUUCGAUAGUUUCGGACUAUCGAUAUUUCAUGAAAUGUUAUUUAGAGCUCGAUAAUUAUCGAUAUAAAACAAACAAAAGCUUAUUUAUUUCAAUGUUUUCUUUCAGUUACAAGUUCAAGGCGAAACCAUUCGAUCGUCGUCUCAUUGAAUGUGAUGGAAUGUACGGUGUGAAGAAACCCGAGGAAACUAUAGCUGCAACCAAACCUAAACCUUUUGUCUUCGAGUCCGACGAACGUUUGGAGGCGAGGAAAGACAAAGUACCAGCAGAAAAUGAGGUUUGUCGGUUUUUAUAUUUUAACCAAAUUUUACGCCAGUGUAGCCUGUCUCAUGUCGUCAUAUGCCCAGAGCUUGACUUUCGCCAAUAGACAAUUCCCAUUAUAGACUAUUUUUUUAUAUUGGCAAAAAAAGUAUAUUCCCAGAAAGAGCAUAUUAAAAUGAGUAAAAUUGCAAAGUUUGGUUGCGAAAUGUUGUAAAAUGCAGAAAAUAUAGCCUUGCAAAUUUUGUAUACUUUUGUAUUGCGUGCGGAAAUUGAUUUUUGUGGAUAAUUUCCGCACGCAAUAUAAAAGUAUGCAAACUUUGCAAGGCUAUAUUUUCCGCAUUUUACAACAUUUCGCAACCAAACUUUGCAAUUUUACUAAUUUUAGUAUGCCCUUUCUAGCUGUCAGUGUGGUGAUUUAUUUGCAUCUCUGCCUAGUUUUACAAUUAGUCUCAUAAUGGGAAUUGUCUAUUCUACUUCUAUAUAUGCCCAAGUCACGCUGUAAUCUUUCAGGUACCCUCACCAUCACGACAAAUAGAUUAUAAUCAAUAGUUCUGCAAUAAAACUUUUGUUGUGAUUUUUUAUAGGAGCAAACAGUGAAUUUCAAGGCAAUGCCACAACCAAACUUCGAGAAAGUCUUCCGUCCUCAACUGAAACAUGCACGAACUGAACCAAAAGCUUUCUCGUUCGAAGAGAAAGAUAAAGAAAGAUGGCAGAAGAAAGAAGAGAAGAUACAGGAUACUUACAAAGAAGAAGAGAGGGUAAGCCUUCCUCCCCGCCCUUUGUAAAAAGUAGAACGGCCAAAAUGCUUUACAAAGAUGUGGUAGCUUAUUUAAAGGCACAAUGACACCUGUUGAGCGAUGCGAUUUAGUCGGCGUUAAACUUGAAAACGUCCACAAGCUUUUUCAAGUUUUUUGCAUUUGUGCAGAAGGAGUGACGGUAUUGUAUGGCUCAUUAUAGUCGGCCUAAUUUACACCCAAUUUUCACUUUAUAUAAAUUAAUCAAAAUAACUUGAAUUUUGUGUCUCUCAACAUGAUAAAUAAUAUCCAAUUACCAAAGUAAUAAGGUUGCCCUCGGAUCUUUAAAUAUUGGAUCUGGAGUACCGCUAUUUAUUAUUUUCCCAGUUGCAGAGCGAUGUUUAACGUAAAUCCUAAUUUGUUUCAUUGUGUAUUAUUUUUUAGUUGCGAGAAUUCAAAGCUCAACCGUUGCCGUCGGAUUCUCCUGAUUCCCUACCUGAGGUGUCGUCAAAAUGUUGCACAAGUUUUAAACCAUUUGCACUGAAUACAGAGAACAGAGGAGCAAGGAAGGCUGAGAAAUGGAUACAAAAGGUCAGUGUUCACACCGCUGAAAAUAAAGGUGUUGUGACGUAUUUUGCGGGCUAAAAUGAUAAAUCUGCGGGCUAGAAAAUAUUUUAGUUAGUUAGAAUGAGGUGCGUAUAUUCUGUAGUUUAUCAGGUCCGCCAGCAAUUUAUCCUCCAGGUGAAGGUUUUCCACUUUUUUAACGACUAAAUGAUAAACAAGGAAAACUUUUUUAUCCACCUUCCAAGAUAAAAGAGAAAAAAACAGUUCUCAAAAACACAAAUUCCUGUGGUAGCAGAAACACAUAGAGACGAAGGGAACGUACUGAAAGUUUUUUUAAACAAGUGAAACUGGCUUUUUAAACAAUAAUCCUUAUAACUGCUACCCUGGGUGCCAGAGCCUCCUGUGAUAGAAGUGAGGGCACGACGAGGAGGCUCUGGUCACACGAGCAUCCAGCCUCACUUUGGUGAGUUCAAUAUUUGAACUCUGUUUGUGAUUGGUCUAAAUUUAUAUGAGCCUUUUCAUUGGUUAAUCGAUGAGCGUCGAUUGACCAAUGAAAAAACUCGCAUAAAUUUAGACCAAUCACAAACAGAGUUCAAAUAUUGAACUCACCAAAGUGAGGCUGGAUGCUCGUGUGACCUCCUCGUCGUGUCCUCACUUCUAUCACAGGAGGCUCUGGCACCCAGGGUAUAUAGUUGCUGACCCUAGCAAGGUUUCGAUCCAACCUUGUUUUUUUGUUUAUCGUUUUUAGGUAAGAACGGAACUCGACGAAUAUCGUAACAAAACGACCUUCAAAGCUAAGCCGUGUAAAGUUGUUCAUGACGCUCCAUUCGUUCCACAAAAGUCGAAAAAACCUCUAACCGACGUCAGCGAGUUCGCACUGAAUACGAAUCACCGCGCGGAACGACGCGAGGAACUGGAAAUAAGCAAAAAAGAGAGGGAACAAAUUGACGAAGAAUUACGAAGAGAGCGCGAAGAGCAACGAGAGAGAGAAGAGCAAGAAGCUCUCGCGGUACUUCGGAAGCAGAUGGUGCACAAAGCGCAGCCCAUUCACAGAUACAAGAAUGUUAAGGUGAAGCCAAGCAGCAAGCCAUUAACAGAAGCAAAUUCGCCAGUUUGGAGCGAAAUGAAACGUCGUAGGGUUGAAAAUCACAACAGAUAACGUAUCAUGUACUAUAAUCAUAGGACAUGUACUGAGUGAUAUUGAGAUACUAUCUUAUCGAGAAUAUAGAUUGCCUGUCAAAAUAGAUUGGCUGGAUAAACACCGUGAAGUAAAUUACGCAUUGCUCGGUACACGCUGAACUAAAUUUAUUGUAGAUAUGCUAUAUUGCUAGCUCGUGAUUGUGUUUUUGAUCUAUUUUUCAUUAGCUCAAUAGUUCAUUUGUUUCACAAAAAAAGUUCACGCCAAAUUUAUAUGUACCGGUAAUGGUCUAGCAAGGGCUGUUUUUGUCGACACGGACAUCAACCGAAAAUUGGUAUAACUAAUUUUGGCAGCAUCAUAGCGCUCGUGUAGGGAAACAAAAAGCUUUUUAAAAAUCUUAUGUUUUGUCAUAUGUAUAUUGAAGAUUACCACAAACUAGUUUUUAAAAGCACAGUUCAGCCUUUUGAAUGAUGGUUUUUAAGGGGCAUUUCAGCCUAGGAAAAUCAAUUCUGUACUAUUUAAAAAACGAGCAGGAGUGUUUUAUUAGGUUUAAAGCCACGAGCGCGCAGCGCGAGUGGCUUUAGACAUAAUAAAACACGACCUGCGAGUUUUUUAAAUGGCUUCAAAAACGUUUGCAUAAUAAGUCAAAUCUGAAUAUGAAAAAUCUUUAUAUGAAAAUCUUUAUAUAAAAGUCUUUAUAAGUUUGCAUAACAAUGGUCUUUUGUUAAAGUGUUCUUUAGCUGGUAUAAAGACGUAUGCACGUGACUAAUUUCUUACUCAAGAUUGGAUAAUUGCUUCAUGAAUUAUUAAUGAGUUUUUGAAACAUAAUUCAAGAUCAGUAAACUCAAUGUUUUUAACAAUAAAAAUGUUUUAAAAUGUUAAAAACAUUAAGUUUGCUAAUCUUGAAUUAUGCUUAAUUGAUUUUCCUUGUUAGUUUUUUCAAUUAAAAGGGCUGAAAUGCGCCUUAAAAACCAUCAUUCAAAAGGCUGAACUGUGCCUUUAAUCCAGUCCCCCUCGGCAAUCUGACGUUCGUGUUGACAUAAACGUCGCUUGUUUAAUUAAGCUCGCUAUUAUGAUUCAUUGCUCAAAGGGUGAUUUUAGUUUGGGUAUAUUGUGUAACUGGGCUGUACAUUGCAAUUUACGGCGGUCUAAUUUCGUUUCGUAAUAUUUCCACGUUCGUAGCGAGUAGAACUACUUUCAUACAGUCACAAAAAUGAACAUUAUUCGUAGUACUUUUGUACGCCACGUAUUUUUGUCUGUGGAGAUAUCCUUGAUUUAGCGAUCAAUUUCUUAUGUAUAAAGUUUUAGUUUUAGCACAUUAUUAAAAUCUAUUAAUUGCAUU